AUGGAGCGGGACGGCUGCGCUGGGGGCGGCAGCCAAGGCGGCGGCAAGGGCGGCCGCGGCCCCCGGGAGGGCCCGGCGGGGAACGGCCGCGACCCGAGCCACGGCCAAGCCUCCGAGGCGCCCGGGGACCCGCAGGCAGCCGCGUCCUUGCUGGCGCCCAUGGACCUGGGGGAGGAGCCGCUGGAGAAGGCGGCGGGCGCCCGGCCGGCCAAGGACCCCAACACCUAUAAAGUGCUCUCGCUGGUAUUAUCGGUAUGUGUGUUAACAACAAUUCUUGGUUGUAUAUUUGGGCUGAAACCAAGCUGUGCUAAAGAAGUUAAAAGUUGCAAAGGUCGCUGUUUUGAGAGAACUUUCGGGAACUGUCGCUGUGAUGUGGCCUGCGUUGACCUAGGAAACUGCUGCCUAGAUUACCAGGAGACGUGUAUAGAACCAGAACGCAUAUGGACUUGCAACAAAUUCAGGUGCGGUGAGAAAAGGUUGUCCAGAAGCCUGUGUGCCUGUUCGGACGACUGUAAGGAGCGCGGCGACUGCUGCAUCAACUACAGCGCUGUGUGUCAAGGCGAGAAAAGCUGGGUAGAAGAAACAUGUGAGAACAUAAACGAGCCUCAGUGUCCAGAAGGAUUUGAAAUGCCUCCUACACUAUUAUUUUCUUUGGAUGGAUUCAGAGCAGAAUAUUUACACACUUGGGGUGGACUUCUUCCUGUUAUUAGCAAACUAAAAAAAUGUGGAACAUAUGCAAAAAACAUGAGACCAGUAUACCCAACAAAGACCUUUCCCAAUCACUACAGCAUUGUCACAGGACUUUAUCCAGAAUCCCAUGGCAUAAUUGACAAUAAAAUGUAUGACCCCAAAAUGAAUGCUUCCUUUUCACUGAAAAGUAAAGAGAAAUUUAAUCCUGAGUGGUACAAAGGAGAGCCAAUUUGGCUCACAGCUAAGUAUCAAGGCCUGAGGUCUGGCACUUUCUUUUGGCCAGGAUCAGAUGUGAAAAUUAAUGGGAUUUUCCCAGACAUCUACAAAAUAUACAAUGGUUCAGUGCCAUUUGAAGAAAGAAUUUUAGCUAUUCUUCAGUGGUUACGGCUUCCUAAAGAUGAAAGACCACACUUUUACACUCUGUAUUUAGAAGAACCAGAUUCUUCAGGUCAUUCAUAUGGACCAGUCAGCAGUGAAGUCAUCAGGGCCUUGCAGAGAGUGGACAACAUGGUGGGCAUGCUGAUGGAUGGCCUGAAAGAGCUGCACUUGCAUCAGUGUCUGAACCUCAUCCUCAUUUCAGAUCAUGGCAUGGAACAAGGCAGUUGUAAGAAGUAUAUAUAUCUGAAUAAAUAUUUGGGAGAUACUAAAAAUAUUAAAGUUAUCUAUGGACCUGCAGCCCGAUUGAGACCCUCUGAUGUUCCUGAAAAAUACUAUUCAUUUAAUUAUGAAAACAUUGCCAGAAAUCUUUCUUGCAGGGAACCAAACCAGCACUUCAAACCUUACCUUAAACAUUUCUUACCUAAGCGUUUACAUUUUGCAAAAAGUGACAGAAUUGAGCCCUUGACAUUCUAUUUGGACCCUCAGUGGCAGCUGGCACUGAGUCCCUCAGAAAGGAAAUACUGUGGAAGUGGAUUUCAUGGCUCUGACAAUGUGUUUUCAAAUAUGCAAGCCCUCUUUAUUGGAUACGGACCUGGAUUCCAGCACGGCAUUGAAGUUGACUCCUUUGAAAACAUUGAAGUCUACAACUUAAUGUGUGAUUUACUGAAUUUGACACCAGCCCCUAAUAAUGGAACACAUGGAAGUCUUAAUCACCUUCUCAAGAAUCCUAUUUACACCCCCAAGCAUCCUAAAGAAGUGCAGCCCUUGGUACAGUGCCCCUUUGCAGGAUCGCCCAGAGAUAGCCUUGGCUGCUCCUGCAACCCCUCGAUUUUGCCCAUUGUGGAUUUUCAGACACAGUUUAAUCUGACCAUGGCAGAAGAGAAGAACAUUAACCGUGCGAGUUUACCCUACGGCAGACCUAGACUUCUCCAGAAAAAAAGCAGUGUCUGUCUGCUCUACCAGCACCAGUUUGUGAGUGGAUACAGCCAUGACGUCCUCAUGCCCCUUUGGACCUCCUAUACCGUCGACAGAAAUGACAGUUUCUCUACGGAAGACUUUUCUAAUUGUCUCUACCAGGACCUUCGGAUUUCUUUUAGUCCCAUCCAUAACUGUUCGUUUUAUAAAAAUAAUGCUAAAUUGAGUUACGGGUUCCUCUCCCCACCACAACUAAGUAAGGAUUCAAGUCAAAUCUAUUCUGAAGCUUUGCUUACCUCUAAUAUCGUCCCAAUGUACCAGAGUUUUCAAGUGAUCUGGCGCUACUUUCACGACACCCUGCUGCAGAGGUAUGCUGAGGAAAGGAACAGUGUCAAUGUCGUCAGUGGUCCUGUGUUUGACUCUGAUUAUGAUGGACGUUACGAUUCCUCGGAGGCUCUGAAGCGAAACAGAAGAGUAAUUCGUAAUCAAGAAAUUCUAAUUCCAACUCACUUCUUUAUUGUGAUAACAAGUUGUAAAAACACAUCCCAGACUCCCUUGCAGUGUGACAACUUGGAUCCCUUAGCUUUCAUCUUGCCCCAUAGGUCCGAUAACAGUGAGAGCUGUGUGCACGAGAAGCGUGAAUCUUCAUGGAUUGAAGAGUUGUUAAUGAUGCACAGAGCUCGGAUCACGGAUGUUGAACACAUCACUGGACUCAGCUUCUAUCAAGAAAGGAAAGAGCCAGUUUCAGACAUUUUAAAACUGAAAACACAUUUGCCAACCAUCAGCCAAGAAGACUGAUAUUUUUUACUCCAAAAACAUACCGUAAAUCAUUUUGAGAGAACCUUAUGUUUUAUACAGUCCUCUGUCCACACUAUUGUAUUGCUCGGACACUGUCACCAGAGUUAGAACCGGGAGCCCUCUGUGAUACGACAUCUCAGGGAAACUUGUGACUCAACACAGCAGUAGGAGAAUGUUGCUAUGGAGUCUCACACAUGUUUGAAUGUGUAAGAAUUGUAAGCAUCGUUCAAGUUCUGGGGAAUAAAAAGAGACCAUACCUAAAAUUCUUCUACUUCUCGUAAGGAAGAAGUAGCCAUGAACAUCAUCUGGACACCAGAUAUUUGAAUAUAUGCCUUGUGGUAUUGAAAAUCACUAGGCUAAUUAAUAGAAUUCAAAUAGUUUAUGUUGGUUAGUAUCUUUGCAAGAAAAUGGCUCUGAAUUCACUUAUUUUAGUUUUGAUAAUUACAAAAAAGAACAAGAAGAAAGAAAGUUAAUGGAAAUCUAAAUAUUUGAGAUUUUUUUUACCUUCUCUAUAUAUUCUCUCUAAACUAACUUAUUAAUUCCAUGUAACAUUUUUAAAAUUGUGAUUGGAUUUCUCCAGAUUUAAAGCUCUGACAAGUUAAAUUUGAGGAGACUGUGAGUUGAAUGUAUCUAUUUAGCAUAAAAUUUUAGUCCAUAUUUGCACAAAAAGAGAAGUAUUUCCAUCCUGCUUAAUGGUAUUUAAUAUAGAUUGAAAAUAUCUCUAAUCCAGAUUUUUUUAGACAGGUAAAAUUGUGUCAGAGAAACUUGUCAGCACAUACAAAGUGGAAAUUUUCAUUGAGAUGCUUGAAAUGUUUUUCCUCUGUGCAUAAAACGACCCCACCAGCAGCAGAGCUAUACUGAGCUGAGGUACUCAUUUUGGAGUCCCAUAAAGUUGAAGAGAUCAUGCUACUGACCACUUAUCUUCUCCACGAACAUGACAAGCAACACAAGCUUGAUUUCCCUGUUGCAUUUAGUGUAUCCUUUCAUUCCAGCCUUGAACCUUCAAAGACCACAUUAAUUUUCAGAUUAUCUGGGUCCAAUAUAGGUAUUAGUACACCCAAGGUGUUUUUUUUUUUUUUUUUUUUUUUUUUUUUUUUAAAUGUCCUUCUUAUGAUAAACCUGAUUCAGCAGCCUAGGGACCAACCACAAAGACUUUUAGAUAAUACAGUUUACAUCCUAACCUGGAACAUUUCAUUGGUUUUGUUUUUUAGUUCCACAGUGUCCUGAGGCUGUGAGACUUCCAGUCAAUUUUCCCUCUGUUGUUCAGAUUGGGUGAUGUAUACUGUUCUGUCUUCACGUUUAAUGAUUGUUUCCUCUAGUUCAUUCUGCUGUUGAGCCCAUCCAUUGAUUUUUGUAUUUUAGUUAUUAUUGCUUUUAUUUCUAGGAUUUCUGUUUGGCUCCUUUUCAUAUGUUCUGUUUACUCAGAGUUUCUGUCUCUUUGCCAAGACUUUCUGUUUCUUUGCUGAGACUUUCCAUGUUUUCAUGUGUUUCAAGUGUGCUUGCAAUUCCUUGUUGAAGCAUUUUUAUGAUGGCUCUUGUAAAACCCUGAUAGAUAAUUUCAACUUGUGUAUCAUCUCAGUGUUUGCAUCUACACCUUGUCUUUUUUCAUUCAAAAACAUUUUCCUACUUCGUAUGAUGAGAAAUUUUUAUUUGAAUCCUGGAUAUUUUCAGUAUUGUGAGAUUAUGGAUUUUAUAUAAAUAUGCUAUUGCUGACUUUCUCUGAUAGCAUGGUAAGAGGGAUUUUAGAGAGUGACUGCCUCAUGACUACCAAGUGUCCAAGUUCCCUACUAGUCUUGAGAUAAGAAGGGGCCUUGUUGCUGCUCAGCUCAGUAGGGAUUCUUCUCCCCAUUAGGCUUCUGUUGAUGCCUCCGUGAUUGGGAUUUAUAUAUGUGGCAUCUUGUUAAUACUCUCACGUGAACUCUACUGAUGCUAUGGGGGGGGGGGGGCGCAAGAAGGACUUCAUUAUCACAGGUGGGGAUGGAAUUCCUGCUUCUCUACCCAGCCUUCGCUGACAUCACCCUGUCAGGGACCCCUGUUUACAGCCUGGCAAGGUUGGAAGUCUAGGCUCUGCACUCAGCCUUUGCUGGUGUGUGUGGGGCCACUUCUAUUUCGUGGUGUUUGGUUGGAGUAGAGAGUAUUUGUUUGGCCUUGCUAUGCUGCUCCUUUUCUGGUCCUUUUACUGGAGAGAGCAGGCCUGUCUUAGGCUUUUAUUUUUCUUGCCUGCACGUGUUGGUGUUUCUAGAUGGCAGACUUCUUCAGCUCUAUGUCUGAGAUAUAUGAGCUGGAAAGAAUCUCAGGGAACUCAUCACAGGGUUGUUCCUUGUGUCUCCAGGUUCCUAAUCUGUCUUUUGUCUUCUGUCCAUUGUUUGGAAUCUUCCUAUGUUGGUUUAGUUUAUAAUAUCCAAUCUUUUUGUCUUCACAAAGCAGAAAGAUAUCUGUUCCAUCUUUGGAGAGCUAUCUCACUGAUUUUUAUAUAGCCAUACAAAACAUUGUUGACUCAAAGCAUAUUAGCAGAGCUUAAUGAAAUGAGUAGAUGCCCAUUCCCUACAGAGAAGAACAAGUUACAAUCCUUACAGUAAAAAGAGGCAGCAGAAAUGUAAACAAUCCCUGAAGAGUGGUACUUGCUAGAGUGAGGCCGUGAGAGGGGAGACACGGAGGGUAUCCAUACCCACUUGUCAGCUUUUGGGCUAAGACUUGGAGGGUGAAUUUGGAGAUCUCCCGUUGAACAAGGUAAAGAAGAGACAUUCUAAUAUUCCUGAGAUGCAUUUUUUUUUUGCAUUUUUUCCCAUUAUAACUGCUUCCAACAUUUUCCCCAAAUGUCACUGUGACCACCUUAUUAUAAUGCACAACCACUGCACUUUCUUGCUUUGUUGUAAUAACCUGUUGUUAAAGGAAAUGUCAGAUUGACAUUCGUUACACUGACUCUUUCAGGAAAGAGCAUCAAAAUCUGCUUCUAUUUGACUUUUUUCAUUGCUCUUAAACAGUAUUCCUUUUUUCCUUUUCCUGUCUUGAGAGAGACCUCUGCUUUUGCCACUUCAUGAUUUUAAAACAUGUGACUGAUAUCCAAAUUGCAUGUAAAUUGACACGACCAUUCAGUGUUUCCUUGAUAUCUGCAGGUAACGUUUCACAGCUCCCCAUGAAUACCAGGAAUCCAAUGAUGUUCGAGUCUUUUAUAUAAAAUGGUGUAUUUAAUGGCCCAGUUCCACUGUAAUAGAACCCAUGAAUGGAAGCUGUCUCUCUGCCUCUGUCUCUCUGCUUUUCAUGUGAAUGUAAAUAAACAGGACUGUGAGGCCGAUGGCAGUGGCUAGGUUCUGUAUGAAGAAAUAAGAUAGGUAUGGAGCAGAGACCACCCCUUUUUCUGGGCCAGAUUAUUUCCAGACACACAACAACCCCUCCCCCCUUGACUUUUUUAUUUUUAGCCAUAAUAUCCUUCCUGCCCUAUACUAUGAAAGUGCCCUUAUCUGUCAGAGAAACUGGCAGUUGAACUUUGAAACUGAAUGUGUUGGCUACACCUCCUGCUGAGGGCUUGUCACAUAGGUGAAUGUGCUCAUCAGCAUCUGGUAAACUUUACCCUGGCUGCGGUCUCAGGACAUUUUCCCCUGGUUUUUGGCCAAUCUAAAUAUCGUAAGAGAGCAAAAGAAAUUCCUCUACAGAAUAUAGGUGUCUCUAAGCUGAGCAGUGUGGAUUUACAAAUAAAACAUAUAUAGAGAA